AUGGAGAGCAGGAGGGAUCUGGAUCUGUUUUUGAAGAGGCUGAUAUGCAUUACUGUCCUUCCUCUCUUAAUCACGGUCUGUAUCGGAGGUCAGUUAUCAGAAUCUGAAUCUUUUUUUAAUUUCAUUAAAGCUGUUGAUCCACAAAAUGUACUAGGAAUUGCCUGGAAUGGGUUGGUGGCACAUCGCUGCUUGCAUAAGUUGAGGGGUGUAAAAUGCAAUUCACAGUCUAUAGUAGAAAUCAGGCUUGAAAAUUUGAAUCUUCGUUGCAUACUUGAUGUUGAUGACCUUUGCAAGCUCCCAAAUCUGAAAGUUCUUAGCUUAGCAAAGAAUCACAUCAGAGGAAAUAUUCCUAACUCAAUAUUGCACUGCACAAGGAUGACUUAUUUAAAUCCAAGCAACAGUCAUCUGAGUGGAAGGUUACCUUUGGCUCUAACUAAAUUGAAAUAUCUCAGGAGAUUGGACAUCUCUAAAAAUCAUUUUACUAGCAUCAAGCCGCAUUUUGUGCAGGAAUUUAGGUCUCGUUAUACUUAUUACUCGAAAUCAAGUUCAUUACAGAAAAAUAGUACUGGUGACUGGGUAGAGGCAGUGCAUUCUCGCAUACUUUCAGAGGGCCCAAGUCCUUAUGAUGACCAUGAUAGUGAGCUUAAUGGACAGUGGAUUGCAUUGUUUGGAGUACUACCUCUGGUUCUUGGCAUUGGACUCUUUUUGUUGUACAUAUACAUAGUGGGACAGAAGGCCGCCAAAGAGAGGGAGAUUCUAAAGAAAGUUCAGGACUCUCCUCUCAAAACACCUCCAGUUAAAGCUAAAGAGGAAGUCAAGCCUGUUGAAAGGCACUCGGGGCUUGUGUUCUUUGUUGAAGAGCAUGAAAGGUUCAUAUUGGAGGACCUCCUUGAAGCCACAGCUGACUUGCAAAGCCAGACCGUUUGCAGCAGCCUUUACAAGGUAGUACUGAAAAAUAGUGCCCUCUAUGCAGUCAAAAGAUUGAAGCAAUUGCAGGUGUCCUUUGAGGAGUUUAGCCAAACGAUGAUCCAGAUAGGGAGCUUAAAGCAUCCAAACAUUCUACACCUUGUUGGUUACCAUUCAACCAAUGAAGAAAAGCUUUUCAUCUAUAAGUAUCAAAGCCAAUGGAGUCUGCUAAACUUGCUAGAAGAUUAUAUUGAUGGCAAUAGGGAUUUCCCUUGGGAGCUUCGGUUGUCCAUAGCAAGUGGGAUAGCAAGUGGCUUGAACUUCAUAUAUCAAAGUUCUGAUAACCAGGAGAUCAUCCCUCAUGGGAAUCUAACGCUAUCAAAUAUAUUUUUGGAUGAAAACAAUAAAGCACUAAUAAGUGAAUAUGGUUUUUCAAGAUUUCCAAACCCGAAAGCUUGCAACUUGACCGCCAAUGGUUACACAGCUCCUGAGAAACUUUUAACAGAACAAGGUGAUGUUUUUAGCUUUGGAGUGAUUCUAUUGGAGCUGCUAACAAGCAGAACUGUAGAGAAAAGUGGGAUAGACCUUCCUAAGUGGGUAAGGGCCAUGGUGAGGGAGGAAUGGACAGGAGAGGUCUUUGACAAAGAGGUCAGCAAAGCUGCAACUCAAUGGGCAUUUCCUCUGAUGAAUAUUGCUCUCAAGUGUGUAUCACAUUCUCCCGAGGAUAGGCCAACAAUUGCAGAAGUUUGGGACAAGAUAGAAGAAAAUGUGAAUGCACAAAGAGAACUUCCUCAUUCACCAGGGAAAUGUUGUGAAUCCAAUGAACAUGAUUGUUGUUUUCUUCACACCAUCUUAUCUGAUACAUGGGAUACUCCUGGAUCAAACUAUUGA